AUGGACGUCAAAGGGACCUCAAAUCAGCCCCAAGAACAGGCUGAGAAAGACCUACAUUUCACAGAUCAUCUCGAGCAGAUCUCGACAGACUCUGGAAACAAAGAUGCCAUCAUUGAGAAAGGUCCAGUCGAACGAAUCCAGGAUUGGACGCCAGAAGAGGAGCGUAAGAUAGUAUGGAAGAUAGACUUCCGCGUCUUCCCCAUGCUCUGCGUUGUCUUCGGUCUCUCACUCCUCGACCGCACCAAUAUCUCAGCAGCUUUCAUCGCCGGCAUGAGCGUCGACCUUGAGCUCACGGGCUCUCGCUACAACAUCGCCCUACUAGUCUUCUUCAUCGGAUACGGACUCUUCGAGCUACCUUCCAACUUCGUCAUUCGCCGUCUUGGAGCCCGAUGGUGGCUGAGCUUCCUCAUCGUCUCUUGGGGAUGUUGUGUCUUGGGUAUGGGGUUCAUCCAUCGAUGGACGCUCCUCGCAGUACUCCGGGCCCUGCUGGGAGUCUUUGAGGCCGGCCUUUUCCCAGGAGCCGUUUUCAUCAUUGGCAGCUGGUAUAGACAGUACGAGAUUGGCAGAAGAAUUAGCAUCUUCUAUAUGGCGUCGUUGAUCUCGUCUGGCUUCGGACCUAUCUUUGCCUAUGCGCUGUCUUUGAUCAGCGUUGGUGAUGGCAUGUACUCGCAAGGAUGGCGAUGGAUCUUCAUCAUUGAGGGCGUCGUCACCGUCGUUGCUGGGUUGGUGUCGCCGUUCUUCCUCAUCGAAUUUCCGGAAAAGGUCAAAUUCCUGAACGAGCGUCAAAAGCACAUCGCUUUGGAACGAGUUGCGAUCGAGAAACGAGAUAAGGACAUAGUUCAUCCAAACAUCAAACAGACACUCGGCAUGCUCUGGGACUGGAAGCUGCUGCUCUAUUCGAUUAACUACUUCAUCGCUGCGUCGUCUGUGUAUUCCCUGGCCUUCUUCAAGCCUAUCAUCCUCCGAGAAGGGAUGGGCUUCCCCUAUGCCAAAGCCCAGCUUCUCUCGUCGCCGCCUUAUGUCUUCGCCAUCAUCGCUUCCAUUUCAGCCGCUUGGGUUUCGGACAAGAUCCGUCUCCGAUGGGUCAUCCUCAACUUUCAAGCUCUUGUGGCUAUCAUCGGUCUCCUAAUCAUCCUCUACACGAAACCGCCAGGCGUUCGCUACUUUGGGAUUUUCCUGGCGACUUACGGCACACAAGCUAACAUUCCUGGUACACUGACAUAUGGCCAGAACCAGAUUUCCAGGCUAGAGAAAAAGGGCGUCGUAGCUGCCGCUAUGAUCUCUGCUGGUGCCAUCGGUGGUGUCUGUGGCUCGACGAUUUUCCGCGAUCAGGAUAGUCCCUUGUAUCUUCCUGGUAUGUGGGCGACGAUUGCAUUGCAGAUGCUGCAUAUUGUGAUUACUUUUUGCAUGUCGAUGUACUUCAAGCGACAGAAUGCGAAGGCAGAUCGCGGGGAGGUGUUGGAGGGUGUCAGCGGGUUUAGAUACGCUCCGUAG